AUGAAAAAUGAGGCUGCAACGGUGCAUCAAAACCCGACCUUCCUCGAGAGCCUCGCCGCUUGGCCCCUCCACCCGUAUCCUUCCAAAGAGGGAGUAUUUCUGGAUCGCCUAAACGAAGCACAUCGAAGCGGGAGUCUCCGGGAAUGGCUUUCGAGCUUUCAUCCAGGCCAACUCCCUUGUUGGCUUGCCAGAAACGACGCCCAUUACGGCUCGUGCAAUGUCGGGCUCCAGUUUCUCUUCAGCGAUGGCACCGUUUGGCUGCUCCGGCUGCCGAGGGUUGGCAAGGUCAGUGACUGCUAUCUUGACGAAAAGGUGGCCAUGGAGAACCCCCUCGGCCUAGGCCCCUUUAUUAUUAUAGAGUUUAUGCAGGACUGUGUAAGUCUCAAUGACUUGCUCAAGAACCCAACCGAAGGCACCAGGCUCUUGACCGAAAACAUCAGCGACGCCGAGAUAGAGAUUAUCUACAGGCAGAUGGCCAGUUUCCAGCUUCAACUUUUCAAACUCGACUUCAACAGCAUCGGUAAACUGGACUCUCCCACUCCGGGGACUUGCUUCCCGACACGGCCGCUGACCUGGAAGGCCCAUGAUAUCCUGCAGACUGGGGGAGUGGACACAUUUGGCGACCGUACCAAGGGGUUUUCGUCGACGACUGACUCUUUCCAGUACGUUGUAGAACAAGACUGGGAACAGCUUGUGCGCCAACCAAACUCAGCCUACGGCAAGUACGAUGCCACGGCCAGAUACCGGUCCUUCAAGGUCCUCAAGUCUCUGGCCCCAAGGUUCGUCCACGGUCAGUACGACCGCGCCAAGUUCAAGAUUAUCUGCGACGACCUUGGCCUAGCAAACUUGAUGGCCAGGAGCAGACGAGACCUCAACGUCGUCGGAGUGGUUGAUCUCGAAUGGUCCUACGUCGGACCUGCCCAGCUGUUAGGCUCGGCGCCCUGGUGGCUGCUCAUGGACCGUCCGACAAGCCAGGCGUGGGACUGCGACGGCGACGGCGACGACGACGACACGGGAGAGCCAGCCCACAUCACGGGCCGCUACUUCAGGUACCUAGGCAUAUUCAAGCGGGUCCUGGGCGAGGAAGAGGCCAAGACGCCCGGCCACGAGAAUCGAAAGUUGUCGAGCCUCAUCCAGUGGUCGCAAGAGUCGAGCGCCAUGUGGUUCCACAUGCUGCUCCUGACUGGCUUCAACGAUCGUUGUUCGUUCCCCUUCACUAAGCUGGUCCAGCACGUGGGCGAGGACGAGUGGGACAGGCUGGAACGACAGCUCGACGACGGCGAGUACAGCCACGAACCGGAGAUGGCUAGUCGAGCCCUCGUCGACGAGUCUGAGCCUCGGCUUGACAUAGCACAGGUUGCUGCAGCAGCAAAGUUGACCUUGGGACGAGUGGCAACGGCCUGA